AUGCUACCACCUUGGAGUUUACUUUGUCCUAUCUUUCUAGCGACUUAUAUGUGGCUCGUUCGCGUCUUGCGAUACCAACGGGAACAUCAUCUCAAGACGCAGUAUGCGUAUUCUGGUCGAGACUCACUCUCGCAAAUGACCGUUCAUGAUGCUUGGGCAAUACAGCUUAAUCUGAUCACUUUAGAGUUCCCGUGGGCGUUUAUGAGUGCGCUGAAAAUGGCCGUUUACGCAGUAAGUGAAGACAUGAGGUCGAUAAAGGCAACCAGUCGAAUGAAUUGUAUACACCAGUUGUACCAGCGAUCGGGGCAAAUCUCUAACGACGAUAUGCUCUACACUCUCAGCCUCCUGGCAUCAUUUCCAAUUGAGUGGGUUACCAAGCAUGAGUGGCGUAGGCUAAAUGACCUUGAACAAUGUGCCAUGGGCACUUUCUGGAAAAGCAUAGGGGAAGAUAUGGGAAUUGACUACUCUCCCUUACCAUCGGCUACCGCAGGUUGGAAGGACGGCCUUCACUGGCUUGAAGAGGUUUCCGCCUGGGGCAGGGGCUAUCGACUCCGCCAUAUGCGAGCAGACCCCAACAACAAAAUUGUCGCCUCCUCAGCUAUGGAGGUAGUGUUGGGGACCACUCCCCCUCCCCUGAGGUCGUUGGCUAGAUGGGGUCUCUUGGCUGCCUUAGAUAUUCCACUUCGCCGGGCUCUCAUGCUCCCGUCACCUCCAUCAUUGAUUUGCCUCGCUUCCUCACUUUUCGUGGAGUUUCGUCGGUGGAGUCUUCGCUAUUUCUUUCUUCCCCGGCCGUAUUGCCUCCGUUUAAAGCCGCUCUCAGCGGCACCAGAUUACAACGGUCGAUAUCAUAUUGACAUCUCUGGCGCGAUGCCUUAUUAUGUAAAACCUACUAUACUCAACCGCUGGGGACCAUCAGCUUGGGCGAGGAGAACCCUUGGGCUGCCAAUUCCAGGCGAUCAGGGCGAUGCAUUCUACCCUAGUGGCUAUUGUAUUGAGGAACUUGGUCCUCGCUUGCCCCUGAAAGCAGGGAUGAAGGCUAUGGAACACAGCGUCUUGACACGACGGAGGGGUCGUUGCCCCUUUGGAUGAUAUUUCUGUGCCUAAGAUCAAACAACUCUUUCGUACAAUAGC